AUUCUGUCAGUGAUCCAGAGACAUUUCUGCUAGUGAGUGAGAGGAUUUGGAAACCACAGGAUCUGCUGCUACUUAAUAUAAAAACGUUUCUUCAACUCUUUCUUCGUUUUAUCAGGAAUCUUCCUUCCAUUGCAGUGGGAUUCAGAUCUGUGACAGUACACCGGAUCCCAGUUUUGAGGAAGAACAUGGACAAUAUUCAUCAGACUAAAGCUGUCUCCCCUAAGAAGGAGAAUCUUCCCUGUAUUGCACCCCUACUAGCCACAGUGGAGGAGACUCCAGAGACUAUUUCUGCCGAAGUCCAAGGACAAUUCCCCAAGUGGCUCAAUGGCUCUCUACUUCGAACUGGACCUGGGAAAUUUGAGUUUGGGAAGGAUGAGUACAAUCACUGGUUUGAUGGGAUGGCGUUGCUUCACCAAUUUAGGAUGGAGAAGGGCACUGUCACAUAUAGGAGCAAGUUUCUGCAGAGUGACACGUACAAGGCCAAUAGUGUGCAGAACCGAAUUGUGAUCUCAGAAUUUGGCACCCUGGCUCUCCCUGAUCCAUGCAGGAAUGUUUUUGAAUGUUUCAUGUCCAAGUUUGAGCUACCUGCAAUGACUGACAACACCAGUGUCAACUAUGUGUGGUACAAGGGUGAUUACUACCUUAGCUCUGAGAACAACUUUAUGAAUAAAGUGGACAUUGAAACCCUGGAAAAAACAGAAAAGGUGGACUGGAGCAAAUUCAUUGCUGUGAAUGGAGCAACUGCACAUCCUCAUUAUGACCCAGAUGGAACUGCAUACAACAUGGGGAACUCCUAUGGGCCAUAUGGUUCUUGCUAUAAUAUUAUUCGGGUUCCUCCAGAAAAGGUGGAUGUUGGGGAUACAAUCCAUGGAGCCCAGGUGAUAUGUUCGAUUGCUUCUACAGAGCGUCUUAAACCUUCUUAUUACCAUAGUUUUGGAAUGACAAAGAACUACAUAAUCUUCAUUGAACAACCUCUAAAAAUCAAUCUAUGGAAAAUGAUCACUUCUAAAAUCCGGGGAAAGGCCCUCUCAGACGGAAUCAGCUGGGAGCCCCAGUCUAACACACGGUUUCAUGUGGUGAAUAAGCACACUGGACAGCUUCUUCCAGGGAUGUACUUCACUAAGCCGUUUGUUAUGUUUCAUCAAAUCAAUGCUUUUGAGGACCAGGGCUGUGUUGUAAUUGAUUUGUGCUGUCAAGAUAAUGGAAGAAGCUUAGAACUUUACCAACUACAGAAUCUUAGGAAAGCUGGGGAAGAGCUUGAUCAGGUCUAUAAUUCAGCGGCCACAUCUUUCCCUCGAAGAUUUGUUUUGCCCUUACAUGCCAGUUUGAACGCCCCUGAGGGAGAGAACCUCAGCCCGCUGUCUUACUCCUCAGCCAGUGCUGUGAAACAGGCUGAUGGCAAGAUUUGGUGCUCUUAUGAAAAUCUACACCCUGAGAACUUAGAACAAGUAGGAGGUAUUGAGUUUCCCCAGAUCAACUAUGGCCAGUUUUGUGGCAAAAAGUAUCGUUUCUUCUAUGGCUGUGGAUUUCGGCAUUUGGUGGGGGAUUCUCUGAUCAAGGUCGACGUGGUGAACAAGACACUGAAGGUUUGGAGAGAAGAUGACUUUUAUCCGUCAGAACCUGUUUUUGUUCCAGUACCAGGGUCCAGUGAGGAAGAUGGUGGGGUUAUUCUUUCUGUGGUGAUCACUCCCAACCAGAAUAAAAGCAACUUUCUCCUAGUCUUGGAUGCCAAGAACUUUGAAGAACUGGGCCGAGCAGAGGUGCCUGUGCAAAUGCCUUACGGGUUUCAUGGCACCUUCAUAGCCACCUAAGAGAAGAACCGGGAGGUCUGGGGACCAGGUUUAAGAUGAAUGUGCUCUGUACAAAAAGAGACCGAAAAGGGAACCUUACUUUCCAAACCUCAGACAUCUGGUUUUUACAUUAUUAUAUAUAAAAAAAGAUUUCAA